AUGAGUGGAAAUUUGGACAGAAUGUUCACUAGUGAGGAAGUAGCAGCAGCACUCAAGCAAAUGUCCCCCUUUAAGUCACCAAGGCCUAAUGGCUUUGGUACAGGGUUCUAUCAAGAUCACUGGGAGAUAAUGGGCAAUGAAGUUUCACAGGCAGUGCUAGACUUUCUAAAGAAUGGACAUAUGCCAAGGGACCUGAAUCACACACACAUAGCUAUGAUUCCAAAGUUGCUUCACACUAUGCAAUCUAGACAGAAGGGAAGGGAGGGCAGUAUGGCAAUCAAGUUGGAAAUGUCUAAUGCAUAUGAUAGGGUCAAAUGGGACUAUUUAGAGGCUAUGUUGAUUAAGCUUGGCUUUGGUCAAAAUUGGACAAGGUUGGUGAUGGAGUGUGUUAGAUCAGUAACUUACUCAGUUUUGACUAAUGGAGUUCCAGGUGAGACCAUAUCCCCCUUAAGAGGUUUGAGACAAGGUGACCCCUUGUCAUCAUACCUGUUUUUGAUUUGUGCAGAGGGUCUUAGCUCUUUGCUACAAAAAGCUGAAUCUAGUGGGGCAAUUAAGGGGUAG